CCUCUCUGUGUCUCCUGCUCUCGCUUCCUCUCGCCUCCUUAAUGCAACUUUUGCAGAAAGCCCCAACACGGAGACAGACAGACAUGUUGAGCUGAGAGCUUCGGGGGAUCGCUCCAGUCCCCCCUCCCCGCCCCCCAAAUCCCAAGUCAGGGGGGACCUCCAGCCACCCACACCCCCCUCCCCACUUGACCUGUCCACUGUGCGACGGCUGCCCCCCGCCCCCCCUAUCCCGGGCUCCCUUCGGGGCUGGUGGGGUCUUGCGCUUUAUGGAGGGCUCGGUGGGUCUUUUUCCCCUGGCCUCCCCCCCGGCCCCCCCUCGAUGAAUUGAAGCAGUGAUGCAGGAGGCUGCCGGCCGCCUCGGCUGCACGGAGAGACACAGGCUCAAGAUGGCAGAUUUCGAUUGAGUUUAAAGGGGGGGACCCUGAAUCCGGCUUCGCUUCUCUUUCGUUGCCAUGAAUAACAGACAUCCUUGCGCCGAUGGCCCCCGUGUACGAAGGUAUGGCCUCACAUGUGCAAGUUUUCUCCCCUCACACCCUUCAAUCAAGUGCCUUCUGUAGCGUGAAGAAACUGAAAGUGGAACCAAGUUCUAACUGGGAUAUGACCGGGUACGGCACACAUAGCAAAGUCUACAGCCAGAGCAAGAACGUGCAAUCCUCUCAAGCAGCUGCCGCCAUCAACGCCUCCCUCCAGAUCCCCAACCCCAGCAUCCCUUACGAGCAGACCAUCAUCUUCCCAGCCAGCACAGGGCACAUCGUGGUGACAUCCGCCAACAGCACCUCUGGUGUGGUUGCAGUAUCUGGGCAAGCACUGGGUGGACCACACAACCUGAUGCGUCGAAGCACUGUGAGCCUUUUGGACACCUACCAAAAAUGUGGACUUAAGCGCAAAAGUGAGGAAAUUGAGAACACGAGCAGUGUGCAGAUUAUUGAAGAGCAUCCACCAAUGAUUCAGAACAAUGCCAGUGGGGCCACAGUAGCCACCACCACCACCUCCACAGCCACCUCGAAAAAUAGUGGCUCCAACAGCGAAGGGGAUUACCAACUGGUGCAACAUGAAGUGCUGUGUUCCAUGACCAACACGUAUGAAGUAUUGGAAUUCCUUGGCCGUGGAACCUUUGGGCAAGUGGUCAAAUGCUGGAAACGUGGCACCAAUGAGAUAGUGGCCAUCAAGAUCCUGAAAAACCAUCCUUCUUACGCCCGGCAAGGUCAGAUUGAAGUCAGCAUUCUGGCCCGGCUAAGCACUGAAAGCGCAGAUGAUUACAACUUUGUCCGAGCUUAUGAAUGUUUCCAGCACAAGAACCACACCUGCUUGGUCUUUGAGAUGUUGGAGCAAAAUCUCUAUGAUUUCCUAAAACAAAACAAGUUUAGCCCAUUGCCACUUAAGUACAUCCGGCCAAUCUUACAGCAAGUAGCCACAGCCCUAAUGAAAUUGAAAAGCCUAGGUUUGAUUCAUGCAGAUCUCAAACCAGAAAAUAUCAUGUUGGUGGAUCCAUCUCGGCAGCCGUACAGGGUUAAGGUCAUUGACUUUGGUUCUGCUAGCCACGUGUCUAAGGCUGUGUGCUCAACUUAUCUUCAGUCCAGAUAUUACAGAGCCCCUGAAAUCAUCCUCGGUUUACCCUUCUGCGAAGCAAUUGACAUGUGGUCGCUGGGUUGUGUCAUUGCCGAACUGUUCUUGGGCUGGCCUUUAUAUCCAGGAGCUUCGGAAUACGAUCAGAUCCGAUACAUUUCACAGACCCAGGGCUUGCCAGCGGAGUAUCUGUUAAGUGCGGGAACGAAGACAACGAGGUUUUUCAACAGGGAUACAGACUCACCAUAUCCACUGUGGAGGCUAAAGACACCAGAUGAUCAUGAAGCAGAGACAGGGAUCAAAUCAAAGGAAGCCAGAAAGUAUAUUUUUAAUUGUUUGGAUGAUAUGGCACAGGUGAAUAUGACAUCGGACUUGGAAGGAAGUGAUAUGUUGGUGGAAAAGGCAGACCGGCGGGAGUUCAUAGACCUGUUAAAGAAGAUGUUGACGAUAGAUGCAGACAAGAGGAUAACACCAAUUGAAACACUCAACCAUCCAUUUGUCACCAUGACACAUCUGCUUGAUUUCCCCCAUAGCACACAUGUCAAGUCCUGUUUCCAGAACAUGGAGAUUUGCAAGCGACGGGUGAACAUGUAUGACACAGUCAAUCAGAGCAAGACACCGUUCAUCACCCAUGUGGCCCCAAGCACGUCAACCAACUUAACCAUGACCUUCAACAAUCAGCUCAAUACAGUCCAUAACCAGGCCACCAGCCUGGCUUCCACCUCCACCACCAGUGCCACUAUUUCCUUAGCCAACCCUGAAGUCUCCAUACUAAACUACCAAUCUGCACUCUACCAGCCCUCGGCAGCAUCCAUGGCCGCAGUAGCCCAGAGGAGUGUGCCCCUGCAGACGGGAACAGCACAGAUAUGCGCCCGGCCUGACCCCUUCCAGCAAGCACUCAUUGUGUGUCCUCCAGGCUUUCAAGGGUUGCAAACUUCUCCUUCCAAGCAUGCUGGGUAUUCUGUGAGGAUGGAGAAUGCCGUUCCAAUCGUCACUCAGGCUCCAGGGGCUCAGCCCCUUCAGAUCCAGCCAGGACUCCUAGCACAGCAAGCCUGGCCCAGCAGUACCCAGCAAAUCCUGCUCCCUCCAGCUUGGCAGCAGCUGACUGGAGUCGCCACCCACGCCUCAGUCCAGCAUGCUACUGUCAUCCCCGAGACCAUGGCAGGGACCCAACCACUGGCAGAUUGGAGAAAUACGCAUCCUCAUGGUAGCCAUUACAAUCCCAUCAUGCAACAGCCAGCACUUUUAGCAAGUCACGUCACCCUUCCAGCAGCCCAGCCCUUGAAUGUUGGUGUAGCUCAUGUCAUGAGACAGCAACCGACCAGUACCACCUCCUCUCGGAAGAAUAAGCAACACCAGUCAUCUGCAAGAAAUAUGUCCAACUUUGAGGUGUCCUCCUCUCAGACGAUCAGUUCCCCGCAGAGGUCUAAGCGAGUAAAGGAGAACACCCCGCCUCGCUGUGCCAUGGUGCAUAACAGCCCCGCCUGCAGCACCACCGUCACGUGUGGGUGGGGCGAUGGGGCUUCCAGUACCACACGGGAGCGGCAGCGGCAGACAAUAGUCAUUCCUGACACGCCCAGCCCUGCAGUGAGUGUUAUCACCAUCAGCAGUGACACCGAUGAGGAGGAGGAGCAGAAACAUGCACCCGUCAGCCCUGUAUCUAAGCAAAGGAAGAAUGUCAUCAGCUGUGUGACUGUGCAUGAUUCCCCCUACUCUGAUUCCUCUGGCAACAACAGUCCCUAUGCAGUGCAACGCCGUGGAGGAAACAACAAUGGAAACAACUACGAUACCAAGGGAGCACCAGAAACACAUUGUAAUGGCAAUCCCCGAACGAUCAUCGUGCCACCACUGAAAACGCAGGCCAGCGAGGUGUUAGUCGAGUGUGAUAGGUUGGUGCCAGUCACUACCAGUCACCAUUCAUCCUCCUACAAGUCGAAGUCCUCCAGCAUUGUGACCUCCACCAGUGGUCACUCUUCAGGGAGCUCGUCUGGAGCCAUUGCCUACAGGCAGCAGCGGCCAGGACCACAUUUCCAGCAGCAGCAGCCUCUUAAUCUCAGCCAGGCCCAGCAGCACAUCACGACCGAUCGCACAGGGAGUCAUCGUCGACAGCAAGCGUACAUCACUCCAACGAUUGCUCAGGCACCCUAUUCCUUCCCACACAACAGCCCCAGCCAUGGUACGGUCCAUCCUCACCUGGCAGCGGCUGCAGCUGCUCACCUUCCCACUCAACCUCAUCUCUACACGUACACUGCACCUGCUGCCUUGGGCUCCACGGGCACCGUGGCCCAUUUGGUGGCUUCCCAAGGUUCCGCUCGGCAUGCUGUGCAGCACACUACAUACCCAGCCAGCAUCGUCCACCAGGUUCCUGUCAGCAUGGGUCCUCGUGUCCUUCCGUCGCCCACCAUCCACCCGAGCCAAUAUCAGGCUCAAUUCGCCCACCAGACCUAUAUUAGUGCGUCUCCAGCCUCAGUCUACACUGGAUACCCCCUGAGCCCCACUAAGGUCAACCAGUACCCUUACAUCUAAACACUGGAAUGUGAAAAGACAUGGCACACCUUGAGGGGGACGAGGAAGCUUUUAUACUGAAGAAAAUGCAAAUGGACGACAAGACGGGAGGCUUAAAACAAAACUUGAACAAAGGAGACUGCAUAAGAAAUGAGAGAGAGGGAGAGAAGACGAAGAGAAAAGGAGAUACCCGUUGUACAUGUUUUAUUUAAAAGAAAAAGGAAAAGGAAAAAAAAAGAAUGAAAAACAAAAAUACAAAAAACAUUCUGCACCAGACUUGAUGGUGGGAGAAACUGAAGGGCCACUGUUCUCUGGUCCUGAUUUUUUGGAUAACUUCAUCGAUAGACUUCUACAGAUUAUUUUCAUCUGGUUACAGGAGACUACAUUUAGGAAUUUGCUGUCAGACCUCCUAAUACAAAGUUUCAUAGGUGUUUGGGUAUAUAUUUUUUAAUUAAACCAAGAAGCAUACCAAUUGGGGAUUUAUCCAGAACUUCAAAAGGGUUGUCAUCUUGUCAUGGCACUGGUGGUCGUCACCCAAAGUGAAAAAAGAAAAGAAAAGAAAAGUAUGAUGUGUGUGUUUUUUUCCUGGCAGAGGGAUCAGUAGAUGUACAGGAAAAGAAUGGGGUGGGGGAGGGAUUGAAUUGUUCCAACUCUUUCCGCGUCAGGCUUACCAUUGGAGCUACUCAUACUGAGCAGGAAAUGCCAUCCAGUUGCACCAGUCACAAUAAGGAUAUUUGUUCUUACUUUAAAUACCCUGGAUAAAUCUCUAAGCAAUGUUAUUCCUUAAGAAAAGUCUUUAAUUAUGUACAAUAGAAUCUCAUGUUCCUCACUCAGAAAUACUUUUUUUUCUUUCUUUGGAUAACCUGUUAACCCCUCACCAUUUUUCAGUCCAAUCCUAACAUUUCCUGCUCUGUUGGAGAAGUAAGUGCACAUGACGGCCCAUGCCGAUAGCGAAAACAUCACAAAAGCAUGACAUUACGCUAAUGUUGCAGUGGCAUUUGCGUCGUUUUGUGAGCAGAUACACAACCACAGAAUGUUUAGGAUUUGGCAGUUCGUGUUAGGAGUAGAAGAAGAUCUAGGUGGCCCUUGGUAGAAUGUAGCACUAUGCCAUACAUGUACCCUUUUUUUCCUACUUUGUUUUAAACUCCAAUGAUACCAAUAGACUAUUCCUCAAUGUGAUUGCACAAAAAAAGUGAUAUAACAUAGGCAUGUAACAAAUGUGAUUGUCCAGGUAUAUAUGUGUGUGUAUGAGUGUGUGCGCAUGUGCGCGCUGAUGCUGCCUUCUCUUGUGGUGUGGUCCUCAGCACAGCCAUUGCAAACUGUCACAGUCUUAGUUUUACAUCAUUCCCUUGUAGUGCCUUACCAAACUACAGUUGCGGUUUUAAGGGUUUACUUCCACUGGUACUCCUAGAAACUGACUGAGGCUGGUUGGAAUUUUAAUCUCAGCUCUUCUUCUUUUCAUGUUCGGUAUUGUUACUUUUCUUCUAGGCUAUUAUUUCCAUAUUGUCUGUCUUGGGCAAGUUCGAUGUCGGGGAGGGAGGGCAGCUGUGGAAUUUGGCUGCAGUGUAGAAGUGGGUGGCUCUUGAAGGAUGUUCUUGGGGUGGAAAUGGUUCUUGGGCUGUGGAGCAGCUUUACCAAUAUUUACAUUCUGCUGAUGGGCUCAUUGGUUCAUUUUUUGAUUUGAAUGCUCUCAACUUCCCCCAUAAUUCUUUUCAGUUUUGUCUGCUGACUAAACAGAAUCGGGGUUAAGGUGGAGAAGAGUGCUUUUGAUCAGAAAUACACUCAGUACCUCGUGUUAAAUGUGAGGAGGGAGUGGGGACGGGGAGAUGAUUACUUUGGAAGAACAAUACGUUUUCACUUGAAUGCUUUCAGUGGGAAAAGAAAGAAGACGGUGGGGCAGAAUUCGUUCUGAAAAGUAUCAUACUCAGGUUUGCUCCAGAGGUUCUUCUGAAGGUUUUCAGAAUAAGCACUGGCACUUGAGCAGGUUGUGUAGCUGCCCAGGGCCCAGCACCCCCUUAAACCAAGCUACAUUGCCUUUGGUAAGAGGCGUAAGCACCUGCAGAAAUGGUGUAAUUGAUCCAGUGCAUAUAAUAACUGAACCUAGACCUGAUUUGGAACCAGGAUGAAACGCUUUGUAGUUUAGUCCGUUCAUUUCCUCUGACCUCACUUCUACUGUGAUUUAAAAGAAAAAAGAAAAACAGACAUCACUCUUCAGAUUUGCUGGACUCCUUCUCCUCAGCUCCAAAUAGUCUGAACUGUCUUGUUUUUGAAGUAGGUUUCCAAAGAGAACCUUAAAUACAACAGAAAAGCUAGAGGGUUAGAGGGAAAUGUUACCACAGCACUAAGACAAAUGGGUGCUUCUGCUCUGUCAAUGUUUAGCGUUUCCCUGUGGAGAUAGACUUCUAUUGGUGGUCUGAGGCAUGUUGUGAAACAGGUCCUAUACCCUGCAUGGACUCUCAGGACCACUACAGGUGAUUAUGUGACUUCAGAAAGGGAGUGUUCAGGCCAUUGGGUAAGAUGUUGGGAUUUGGCAGGUCAAUCGACUGAGAGAAGAGGGAUGGAUCUCAGGGUGGUUAAAGGGAAAAGGUUUAUCAAGAGGUAAGUUGACAAGAAAGGCAAGCACAGUUGUAAUAUCUGGAGGUGAGUGCAUAAAACCUCGCCUGGAAGAAGGAUGGGUUGCUCCCUACGGAUGUAUUGCUGAACCCCAUUAAUUUUCUCUGCUGAAUCCUCAAAUGAAGCCAUCUCCAUUUCCUUUUUUAAAAAAAUGAGUUCUGUUUUGUCUUUCUAUUUCUCCUCUUCUUCCCUUAAACACCCAGUCUGCUGUUUUAUUGGUACAUGCACCUUACAUUUUUUUUCUGUUCUGAAAAAAACCUACUUCAGUUGCUUGCUCCCUUCAAGAAAUUCCCCAUUCCUUCAAUGUGAUGUCCCUCAUUCUUCCCUUGCCUCACCUCUUCUAGGAUGGAAGCGUCAUGCUGCUUGAAAGGAAGGACAUUAUUUUAUGAUGAUUGUUGCGUUAUUGUGGUUAAUUUUUAUAUGUAAUAAUUAUAUUUUAUUCUUGGUUUUAA